CGGGUGUUUCCGUUCCUAGAGACGGAAGUGGGCAUCAAGAUGGCGGACGUCGUGAGAAAAAUACGAUAUACAAAUUUUUCACACUUCACAUUGUAUCUACGAAACUAAAAUGUAACACACGAAGCAAUAAGAAAGACAAUGGCUAGUGCAAGAGCCAACAUUGUAAAACUGGAGGAUGUUGAAUUAUCAUCCUUGCAUGGAUCUAAGGCCCAGUUCAGAGAUAAUUCAUUUAUUAGUGAUGGCAGAGGAUCUACUAGUAUUAUUGGGUCGGAGAAGAGCAAUAAGUCCAGACCAAAGACAGGUGAAAGUGGCAUGUCAAUCAGGACUGUUGAUUCAGGAGACUCUGGUAUAGAGGGAGAGGAAGAGGAAGCUCAAGAUUCAGUUUCUCAUUUACCACAUAAUUGGCCUAAGAUUCCUCAACUGUUCCGCUGGCGGAGCUGUGAGUUUACCCAUGCAGUAUCAACAUGUGUCAACAAGGCUAACUCUCACCUCGAGUUGUUGCAGACAAUCAUUGAAGAAUGGAUGCGAGAGCGAGAGAGAGAAAUGAUCAGUCGAGCAUCUUCAGGUCGCACUCUGGGCACAGGCUUCACAGCUGUUUCAGACCUCAAAGGAGGAAGCAGUAGAAAACAAUUGAGGUUCAGAGAUGGGGACACAUUAAGUACCACAUCAGAGAGAUUACAGAGUACCAGUAGUGUAAGCUCCCACUCUUCAUCAGCGACACCCUCUGGCCUGAGUAUUGUAGGGAUGGGUGCUAAUGCUAGGCAGUCAGAACCCCCAGAGGUAAUACAAGAGGAGCCCAUGUACUACCAAAUCCCCUACCUUGGUGCAGAGGAAGUUGUCAGUGAGGUCAUUGUGCUUAUAGCAAGACUGGAGAAUGACCGCAUGGAAACUGAGAAAAAACUGAAUUCAGAAAGAGCUAAAGUUGAAAUGCUUCAAACUAAAAUAGAUAACUUAGCCAAAAAGCGAUUAGUUGAACUGCCCAGGAAGGUGCAACAUGAACACGAAGCAUGUGCCCAAGACAUUAAUGAACUCAGAUGGCACUGUAGUUACAAAGGAAGACAUGAAACAAGAAUAAAAAAUAAGAUGGGUGUAGCUGAGAUGUUGAACAAACAACUGAGCGAAGACAUAGCAUUUGUAAAUAGUCACUGCCCCCUUGUUGAGGAGAAACUGGACCUUGAACGGGAAGCUAUGGAUAAAAUAAACUUUGCUCAGAAUGAGACUGCAGAAGAAUUAGAAGUGACUCUGAUGAGAUGUGCCAAAGUUCAGCUGAAAUCAGAUGAGGCUCAUGUUAAAGCUGUUGCAGAGAGGAAACAUAUGAAAGUUGACCUGGAUGCUGUCAGAAAAGACCUCAAUGAAAUAAGUGAGGACCUAGCUGAAACAAAGAGAACCUACAACAGCUAUGUACACCAGGUGAAUGAUGGCAGAACUACUUUAGUCAACAAUGAGCAAGAAGUCAUUGUGCUUGAGGUGAAAUGUGAGAAUGCCAAAGCAUCUGAGGCAAUGCAGGCCAAGAAAGUGAAGGAACUUCAGACACGCAUUGUGGAGGCUGAGUUUGAACACAGAAGACUCGAGAAUGAUAACUUUACUUUGGAAUCUGAGAGAGAUAUUCAGAAAAGCACUGGAGAUGAGAUUGUAACAGAGCUUCAAAAUGCCAAGUACCAGAAGGAGGAGAGAUUGAAGGUGCUAAGACGUGACAACCAGGAAAGAGAUAUGGAAGUGGAGGACCUCGUGGAGAAACUGAAUGAGUGUGCAAAACAAAAGACAGCAGAUGAGAAAAGUAUGUCACGUAUCAACAAGGAGCUUGUGAAGACAGACGAGCAGAUGCAGAUGACUUUGGACAACUUUGCACAGAUAGCUACUAUCAACAAUGCAGUACAAGAGGAGCUUAAGUCUGAGGAGGCCAGAACUUUACAUGUAGAGGAAAGCCUUAAGGCUGCAGCUGAUGCUCUAAGGAAGCAGGUGAAGGAAGAAAUGCACAAUCGCACCAUUAUCCAGGCCAGAAUCAACUCCGAUGGUCAAGACAUGGUCAAAUCAAGGGCUGAGAAUCUCAUCAAAAAAGAAAAGAUUGAGAAAAAGUGCCUGGAAAUCACAACUGCUGUUAAAAAGAUUUCGAAAGAAGUAGAGAGUUUGAGAAAGGAUGCCAAGGAAAAAGAUGAGAAAAAGAAAGGUCUCACUACUGAUGUUAAGACAUUAAAAGAUAAACAUGCAGAUGUUGAAGGAAGACUUACAUCCAAGAAAGAUGAUCUGGAACCAAAACACAAAUCUCUCACAGCGAUGGUCCUCAACUUAACCAAAAAGAUUGACCAUAUUGAGUGGCGAACUGAGAUGAUGGAGAACAAGAUGACAGAGAUGGACGACUCAGAGGUGAUGAUGGUGCGUGCAGUGUCGAAAGCUGAAAAAGCUAUAAAGGAGUUGACCAUGGAACUAGAGGAGCUAACUAUUCAACUGGAUGCAGGAAGCUAUCUGACGGAUGAUCUGAAGACUUCCUUAGAUCAGAUCAAAUCUCGGGUCAGCAUGUUGGAUAAGAAACACAAGGAACAUAUGAGAUUACGUCAGGAGGUCAAACAACAACAUGAUGAAGACUUGGAAAAUCGCCUUACCAAAAAUGAUAAUCUUGCAUCGAAAUAUCGUCAGCUACAAAAUGAACAUAAUUUAAUGAAGAAUAAGUUAUUGGAUAGAUACGAUGAGAGAGUUACCAUGGAAUUAGCUAUCAAAGAUCUCAAACAGUUAAAUAUGCUCCAGCGUCGCAUGCAUUCUGCAAUGGCUGAAUAUUAUAAGUAUAGAGGGGAGUAUAAUCGCCAAGAGCUUCAUCGUAUGGAAGGGGAAUCCAAUGACAAUGGUGCCAAAGUCUCUCUUCUACAAGACCAAAUGGAUGUAGCCUUAGAGAAAAUUAGCAGCUUUAUUAAAAAUGAAAUGGAUGGUUCUGCUGCCAGGAGGAUGGCGGAUGAGAAACUCCAAAGAGAGGCUGAUGGCCGUAUAACAGUCAUGAGUUACAUCAAUCGUGCCAAUACAUCUUUAACUGACAUUCUAGCAACAUGAUAUUUUCAAUUAAAACUUUUCAUAAUGAUUAGAAUAUAAACCCCAUCCUCAUGUUGCAUUUUGUAUUAUCAGUGUCCAAAAUAUCAAUUUAAUUUCACCCUCAGAGAUUAUCAUCAGAUGAUGCCAAAAAUUAUCGAAACUUAUAAACAACUAAACAUUACAAAAUUUCACAUCAGUUGACUUCAUAUAUCAUUGUCUGUCACUCAUAUCUCAAGAAUAAUCCUUUCAUUUGAUUGGCUCUAGAAAUAUUUCAUGCCUAAAAACUGCUAUAAUAUGACAAUAAAAAUAGGAAAUUAAACUGCUGAUAUUGUGAAAUAUCACACUGAGUUCAAAGAUCACUAAAACAACUAUUAUGAUACAAAAAACGUAAUAAUUAUAGACAUGAGUAACUGAAUAAGAUUAUUAUGACAUCAACUGAUGUGAAGUGAAAUAAGUAGACUGACCAACGAGGUCAACUAUGUCUUCGUUACAUUCAACAGUGUUGAAACUUACUAUAUGGACAGUGUUAGGAACGAUACCUUUUCCAAAUUGAGUUUGUAACAUAUUAUUUAUGCACUAAAAUUAGGUUGAAGAGUUGCAACUUACUUUUAAGUGCCUGCUAUUUUUAUUACUUCAUUUUUUGCAGCCCUUUACAAUAUUUUGAAAAUUAUGUGCUUUGCCUUACAGUAUUCUUUGAUUUGUUAAUUUGACCAAAAUGAGAUUACAUUUUGUUUAUAAGAUUAUGAAUGGUUAAUUUGGGUUGUGAAGGAACAUUCCAGCAUUAUAGUAAAACAAAACCUCACAGUUGAGUACAUUCCAUCCAUUUGUAAUUAUUUACUUUUUACCUUACAAAAAUUAAUGUUGUAUGAUAUAUCCGUCCAAUAUAGUGUGUCAAAGCACAGUAUUUUUUAUUAUGUUUUUUUGCACAGAAUGAAAUACAGCAUCUAAAUUAACAGGGAAAUUUGUGGUCCAUGAGUGAGCCAUUCUGUACAUGUUCCAUAUGCGGUAGUCAUAUUUCAUUCAAAUGAAUAUCUCAAGCAUUGCCAAAUUGUUCACACUUUUUAUCAUAAUUCAUACGACUACUGUAGAUACACUUAAUUUGACGCUACUUACUUUGGUAGAUUUGCUCAAUUUCAAAUAGUGGCGGCUAUUUAAUUUUGCUGAUUCAGGAC